AUGUCCAGUAAAACAAGCUUGGUCUUUGUUCCGGGCGCAUGGCAUAAGCCAUCAUGUUAUGGCAAAGUAAUGGAACAACUACAAAACCAACAUCAUUUGAGAUGCAUUCCCGUCACACUUCCAACAACAAUGGAUGACCCAAUGGAGACCUUCAAAGACGAUGUUGAGGCCGUCCGUGGUGCUAUCAGGCAGGAAACAGAAAAGGGCCGUGACGUGAUUGUCAUUACGCAUUCCUAUGGAGGAACGGUUGGGAACAGCGCUGUCAGAGGUUUCUCUAGGCCAGCCGAGUCAUCCAAAUCAGGCCAAAAUCCAGUAUCACCAUCUACGUCCCGCGAACGGAUUCCAGAGACCGGACACGUUGUCGGUAUUAUCCCCAUUGCAACUGGUUUUUGCUUCACUGGACUCACCUUCAUGGACCACUUUCUCAACAUAACUCCACCGUUCUUUCGCGUCAACAACAAGACUGGAUAUGCAGAUCUCACAGUCCGUCCUCAGAAAUUCUUCUACCACGAUCUACCGCCUGCCGAGGCAGACCACGCGACUUCUAUGCUCACCACGCAAAGCCUCAAAGCACUAUUUGAAGGCAGGGAGUACUCGUACUCUGGGUGGUUAGAUGUGCCUGUAUGGUUCAUUGGAACUGUUGAAGAUCAGGGGCUGCCUAUCCUUGUCCAGAGAGCUCAGAUCGGGAUGGUGAGGAUGCUGGGUGGUCGCGUGGUUUAUACCGAGCUCAAGACAAGCCAUUCACCAUUCCUGAGUCAGCCGAAGCAAGUUGUGCAGAUCGUGCUUCAGGCUUUUGAGUCAUUCACUGGCACAAGAGCCAACGAAACGCCCGAGACGCUCGAACUGGCAAACAGGUCAUUCAUUCCUUUAGUAAGUCCUUGGCAACCUUCAACAUGGUUUCGGUACGGACUGCCUCUGGUUUUUGGAGGUCUUAUAGGCUGUACUAUACUAUUCUAUAGAAGGGUCACGGGUUUGUUUCAGUCCGGGUAG